AUGGCGGACGACGAGGAUGGAUCGAGCGCUUCGGAGCGCUCACCCAUGGCGCUGCAAGCCAACAAACCCCGGGUUGUCACCAUCUCGAAGAGUGACACCGGCUUUGGGUUUAACGUGAGGGGUCAGGUCAGCGAAGGGGGACAACUGAAGAGUAUCAACGGCGAGCUGUACGCCCCCCUGCAACAUGUCAGCGCCGUGUUGGAGGGAGGGGCGGCCGAAAAAGCCGGUGUGUCGAAGGGAGACCGAAUUCUGGAAGUAAAUGGUAUUAACGUUGAGGGCGCUACACACAAGUAUGUGGUGGACCUGAUCAAGCAAGGCGGGGCCGAGCUGACGCUCACCGUCAUCUCGGUGCCAAACUUUAAGGAGGAUCAAGGGGAGCCCAGCGAUGACUCGUCGGGCUACUCGUACUGUGAUUUCAGCGACAGGAAACCGGUACCCAUCACAGUGCCCGAUUACCAGCACGUCUAUACGGGAGACAAACAUGUGGUCUACAACAUCUACCUAGCUGGCAAACUCAAGAAGGCCCAAAGGUACAGCCAGUUUGCCGAUCUUCACAAUCGGCUAAAGCGAGAGUUCCCCGAUUUCCAAUUCCCCAAGUUCCCUAGCAAGUGGCCGUUCUCGUUAUCGGAGCAGCAGCUGGAAGCGAGGAGGAGAGGGCUUGAACAGUAUCUGGAAAAAGUUUGUUGUGUACGGGUUAUUGGUGAAUGUGAUUCAGUACGAGAGUUCCUCAACUUGGAAGAUGCAGAGACACAUGAGACUUUUGACGAGGUGACAAACACACCCCAAGAAACCAGUAGUAAGAGAGAGGAUCAGAGCACAGCCCAGGUGGAGUUAAGAGUACUUGUACCUGACAGAUCUCAGAUCACCGUUACCGUCCGAAGAAAUAACACUACGCCUGAUGUAUAUCAUGCCGUAGUGCAUAAAAUUGGACUCAGUAGAGAGGUGGCCGACUAUUUUGCCCUGUUUGAAAUCCAGGAAGAUUUCACGAGGAAGCUUGCCGUCACGGAGUUCCCCCACAAUCUCUACAUUCAGAAUUACACUAAAUCCAGCACUAGUCAGAGCUGUAUAGGGCUCGGCAGAUGGAUCUUCUCACCGCAGCAAGAGUUGUUCCUCAAUCACGAUGAGAUUGCCAUGAAUUUUCUAUACUGGCAGGCAAUAGAUGAUGUCAGUAAAGGGUUCAUCCAGCCAGGCGACAGCUUAUAUGAACUGAAAACAUACCAGGAGAAAUCUAGCAAACUACAGUACUUAAAGGUUGCUCGCAGCCUAGACGGUUACGGUGAGGUGCGCUUUCCGCAUUGUCCGUGUGACGCAAGGAAGGCUGGCCGUGUUAUACCAAUCCUUGGAUUCAGACUCUUCAAACUCCAAGCCUGUAAAGACGAUGGUUCAUUAGAGGAGCAAGUGCCCAGCUUCCAGUGGAAUGAGAUCAGAGAAUACGAAGUGGAUGAUGAAGGCAUGGCGUUCUGCUUUGAAUACGCCAAGGAGGGAAAGAAACCAAGAUGGGUCAAGAUUUAUACAAAAUAUUUUAACUACAUGAAUGAAUGCGUUGAGCGCAUUUUGAAGGAGAAGAAGUGGACCAAAGACAACACCAAUCAUCAGCAGGAGGAGGAGGAGGGGGAGGAAGAUGAGGAGGAGGAGGAGAGAGCUCAGGCUAUUGCAUCACAAAAUAAUAAGGAAUCAUCAAAAAGUAGAGUUCGAACAAACCAAACAGCCGGUAAGAUAUUCGACACUCUCAACGAAGAUGACCUCUGAGGGAAUGACCUCUGCGGAAGCCUUGACCUUUGACCUAAUGACUUUGCCUUGAUAUGUGGACUGAAUGUGUUAAUGAAUAUGAAUGAGUGCAUAUUUGCAUAUUGAAAACGCAUUAACAUAAUCAUAGUAUAUAUAUAUAGAUAUAUAAAUACAUACAUAUUCAUGCUGUGCAGAGCAUUUUAAUGAUAUGCAGCCAAUUCCAGUAUGAAUAGUAAUGUAAUAAAUUUACAUGCUUCAUCAAUAUUCAUAUUCUGGUGAAUAUGUAAAAAACCCUGGUUUACUAUUAUUUUUUUCAAAUUAACUAACAUAACAAGUACGUUAGUUUAGAAAGGAGCUGAUUUAUCGACAAAAUUCCGCAGAUUGGAAUUCCAAGUUUGAACGAUACAAGCAUAUGAAUGUGCUGAGUUUCAAUUCUGAUAUUCAACGAGUUCAAAAAACCCACCCCCACCCCAAAAGUGCUGCACUCUCAGACAGAGAGAACUGUUUGAAAUGCGUUUAAAACGAUUUCAGUAUUUCAGUAGAGCUUUGGUAUUGCAAAGUAACUUCCAAAAUGCACCGUAGUUAAUAGUCAUGUAGUUAUAUGCGACACACCAUGUUAAAACCAGGCGUUUCCCAGUGAGAGACAGUGUCUAUUUGCUAAAUCAAAUUGGUGAAAAGAGCAGCUUUCAAAUAAUGCCUUAAUUAUGGCAGAGAGGGUAAUGGACCCUUCCCAUGAAAUAUGCUAAUUACAUUCACGCAUGCGUACUGACCCUAUUGGUUGGCAAACUCCAUAGAGCUGUGCUCUAAGCAGACGCGCUAAUGCGUCUGUGUCACGCAGUCGUUAGCCCUGUACAAAACAGCGCGAUGUUCCCUCAUUUUUGCCAACCAAAAUGUAAGUGCGCACGCACUAUGUGCAAUUUACAUAAUUCAUGGGAAGGGUCUAUUAUUCUCAACAUAUAGAAUCAGAGCUACCGACUCUCCCUGAUUCUGCAGAAGAAAAAAAUUUGAACUUAGAAAUAGAACUACAAUGUAGCUGUCACACACUGCUUACCAACCAAAAGGACAUAUUAUGGUAUCAAUGCUAAUUCAAUAAUGGCCUGAUGUUUUUAACCCUUGCAGAUUGGUCUCAAACUGUUCUUUGAAUAAGCAUUUGAGAGAGAAUUGAUAGGGUUGAAACUUGAGGCUGAUAUAUUAUUUUGAGAUGAUAGUUCAGCAGAUCUUUAGAAAUUGGGUUUUACUUUGGGCAGUUAUUAUAAGACAUGUGACUUGGGGAAAUGAUGCUGUACAAGUGUAAAAAAAAAAUUUAAAUGAAAUUAUAAGAUAUGAAAAAAUUGUAAUUAAACUUCAUAUUAUGUAAGAUAUAAUUACAGACAUGUGUUUAGGUGUAGAUGCACUAACAUAUUCAGUACUUGGAAUCAACUUAAGAAAAUUGAAAAUGGAUUCAAAAGAAGUUCCUAUUUAUAACGGUGAGAGUUUCUCCUGUAUUUGAAAAUGGUAGAAAAAAACAAACAAAUAUGGGUUUUUAACUUGAAUUAAAGGAUUUGCACAUUGUGAAAUCAUUAAUUAGCAUCAAUCUUAAUGACCCACCAUUGGAGAACGUGAGUGAGCCAUCAUACAGCUUGUGUUUGACUGGUGACCAAAUUCUUAGUAAUCUUAAACACAGUUGAAGGUAACCACUACGUGACACCAGCAGCCCUUUUCACGAAACACUAGGAUCAAUCCUAUCUCGAGUUAGGGCGAGUUACUCAUCCUAACUUAGGGUUACAGUGCAAGGCUGGGACUCAUCUUAAGUCUGAAGGUUAAUCCUAAGUUAGUAAGCGUUUGCUGAAAUCAACGGCAGGCAACUGUCCCAAACUGCGCGCUUAGCAACUAAAACCAAGUAUUGAACAAGCCUUGCAUAAACACAACAUUUUGGCAUUGUUACCAGCCAAAAUUACAAAAGGUUUACAUUGUUGCAACUGGUGCCCCACUAAUUUUUUGAUACGCAAAGAAAUUUGCUAAACAAUUUUUUCUGCUUAACAGGUUUAUGAAAUCGGGCCUAGAGCUUGAGGCCAGUGGUCGUAACUGCUCGACCUCCACACGCCGCAUGAUAGUAUCAUGGUCAUUUUAGAAAACGAGACAAUAGUGUUUGACAGCCUUUAUAUAUAAGUGACGAUAACUGUUUGAAUCAGGUCGCACACUGAUAAGACUUCAUCCCUUCCCAUCAUAUUGAUUGGAAUAACUUGAUGUUAUUUUUGGUUUAUUUGUUACUUAGAAGUGUGUAUAUAAUUUGGAAUACAUAGAUCUGGUAUUUUGAAAAUUUCAUAACUGCUUUAUACAACAGGUGAAAGGAAGAUUUUUUUCUUCUUCAGCGGUUUGAAAUAAUUACUGUACUGCAUAAUGACUGAAAUUUGAAUUCAUUUGCAUUAAGCUAAAAGCCUAUCCCUGUGAUCUACGUGUAGUACAUGUAGUGUAUGGUCUAGGCUGGCAUGAUUGCACCAAUGAUCAUCUACAAAAGAAUGCAAACCUUGUCAGGGUCCAUAAGCGGGCCCUGGACCCUCCAUGCCGUAAAGGCUUCGCGCUCUGCGGUUGCAUGCUCGUAUCUUCGACAGAUUUUCCCCCCACCCCCUAAAACUUAGGUCUUGAUCUACCCCUGCAUUCAGGGUGUUCAUUGAUGUACGUCAUUGGGGUGAGAGUUUACCUUCCAAUUAAUAAACAAUAAUGUACCCAACCCUCAAGCAAUUUUUUUUAUUAUAAAUGAUUUAUUUUUUAUUUUUUAGGAAGACACUGAUAAAGUUGGAGAGGAAUUCUGUUUGUUAAAAAUCAUAUAUUUUACAACUUAUAGUGUUUGAUAUGUCCAGCUAAAAUUGGUUUUUAGGUGUUGGAUUAUUGGGCUACACAUCGUAGAAUUGAUGAUUUUCUUUCUUGCAGUUAGGAUAGUCGGGGUGCUUGGUGAUCCUGUUUUGGUGAAAAUGUCAGAAACAAAAUUAUAUUGUUUCUUUGUGCUUAUUUCAAUUGUGGCAAUAAAAUAAGCAAUUCUGAUUUGGGGCAGGGUUUUUAAAAUGCUAUUUUGUUGUCCUUAAGAGUAUUUCUGAUACCAAACAUAUUUUAUUCUUUUUUUCCCAGUGAUAAUCGCUUGGCCAAUGAAAUGCGGAUCCUUAAUGUUGCAUAUUCAGAAGCAUGUAAUUAUAUGCAUAUUUGUUAAUACUUCUGGAGAUUCAAAUACAGAUUCACUAAUGUUAAAUAUUCAUGAGCAUAUAAUUAUAUGCAGAUUAGUACAGCUUUUGCCUUAGCAUUAGAUGGAUUGGAUACUUUUAUAUCUAACUAUUAAAUUCACAGAAACUCGGACAGGCAGUUUCACUUUGUAGAUGUACAUGUAGGUUCUUUUUUCUUUUAAAUUGAAAAUUGUUUUUACAAAUUCAUGGGGUUUGUACAUAUAUAUGAUAUCAUGAUUAACUUUUAUUAGACAUGUUUUCACUGUACAUCAAUAAAUUGGCCAGAGAUUCUUGAGUAUGCUGCAAAUAUGUUGACAAAAUAUUUGUACAAAAAAAAUGAGGUAAUCAUGAAAUAUUAUAUUGCAGUUAUGGUUUUGUUGCAAAUUCUUUGUUAUAGAGAUUUUCAAUGCAUUGUUAAGUUCUUUCAAAGGUAAGCAGUGGCCACACAUAUUUUUCAUUGAUUUUAAAUGUGAAUUAUUUUUGACCAACCCUCCCAAAUUGUGUCCCCAUAUAAAAAAAAAAAAUGUUUCAUUUUCAAUAUCUUUUUUUUGGCCCACUCACAUUUUCGUAUGAAAAUGUGAGUAUAUUUUUGUUUAAACAUUGAUUGGGCGUUUCUGACUUGGUGACCAUCAUACCCAUCAACCACAAAAGUUACUCAUUUAAAUUACUGAGGUCAUUGACCGAGAAGAAUCGGUUGUAUGGUUCAAAGGUCAAGUUGUGUUUGACUUGUUUUUCUCUUUAAUGUAAAGCCCACUGGUGAUCAAUGUAAUUCUCACUAGGUUACCAAGAUCACAUUGCCAAUCGUUUAUCUCUUCAAUUGUAAAAGAAGAUGAAAAACAAACAAAUCUGAAGUUUUUGUACACAAAGAAACGAAAACAAUGAUGCUAUUGGUCCCUUCCUUUAAUUGAUUCAUAAAGCAAAUUGAAGCUAAGCCCAAAUUUUAUAAAGAGCUGCUUUAAAGCAGCAAAUGUUGCAUAAUAGUUUUCUGCUUAGCAAAAAUAAGCAGGAUACCAGUCACACAUGUGGAAUGGUAUUUUGGCUGGUUAUCAUAUUUUGAUAGGCAUAAUUAUGUUUAGGCAGCUCUAUGAAAUUGGGCCCUGGUCUUGCUGUUUAAUUUUUAUCCUUGGUGUUCAAGGUUUAUCAUGGAUGUAAAUAACACCUUUAAAACAUUCUUAGGUUUGGUGUGGUUGCUGAUGCUUCUUAGUAGUAAAUCAAGACAGUUGGUAAGGAACCUAACUAUAGUGAGAAAGAACUUCUAAAAAAGAAAAUUGCACUGUAUGUGUUUGUAACGGGGUUUAUCUUACAAAUUCAAUUUCCAUAUUCAUAAAAUUUAAAUAAUUGGCUUGAUUGGAUAUUCAGUGAGCGUAUAGGACCAAUCACCUGAUAGGCCCUUCCCAUGAAAUAUGCUAAUUUUAUGCUAAUUAUACAGGUGCAUAACCAUAACCGUUGUCAUGCCUUUUUCUUGAUGAUCAUGUUGGUGGUGUGACAUUCCAGCUUUUCCAUUCGAUGUUGUUUCUGUGCAUACUAAUUACAUUCUAUUAGCAUAUUUUGUGGGAGGGGCUAAGUACUUCAUAGAUACAUUUCCAUAAUGUUAUAUCCAGUAGUGGUGUAGAAAUUAAUAAAUAUUAAAAUGUAGAUGAAGAAUAUUUGAGCCCAGGUGGCUUAAUUUAAGUUUGCCUUUGAAAACUAAUGACGUCCAAAGGUUUGAAAGUACACUUUGAAUGUACAGCGUUUAGCUUUCUGCCAAGUCUGUAGGUUAAAGGUGUAAUUUGUUGUAAAAGAGUUGCAGCCUCUUAUGUAUAAACAAUUACUCAAAUCUGUAAUAAAAGAUGACUAUUAACUUUUACAAUGA